UUUAUAAAUAAUUAUCAUAAAAACUAAUUCCUUUUUUCUAUAAAGUCUCGCGUGGUAUAGAUUUAAAACGUCGCAAUAUUUUGCGAGAAAAAAAAAGGCUAAAUAGAGAUUCCGACAACUGAAAUUAGUAUCAAAAGACAUAUAUUUCGGCAGUGAAUCAUGAUGCGCAUGUACCAGUUGCACAUUCGCGAGGAAUUAAAUUUCAAAGAGAAUUCAUGAGGGGUAAAAGCUGUGUGUAUGUGUGAAUAUUUGUGUGCAUGUGUGUACGUUAUGCAUAGCCUCAGAUUAAAGUUUCGAUGUAGCUCUGCUUUUCCCUCCUAAGCAGAAUUAAUUCCGCUAGCGCGUUGAGUGGAGGACAUACGCGAUUACCUAUCGAAAAUUUCACAACUCCAUACGAUCGAUGAAUGGACGGGAUUAUUGUACGUAGGUCCUGACGCCGUCCUCGGGUCUCCUGGACUUCGCCAUAAGUAUGCGGCCGGAUUACCAUCGCGCUAUCAUCGAUACGGUGCGAUACUACGGUUGGAAGAAAAUCAUCUACCUCUACGACUCCCACGAUGGACUGCUCAGGCUGCAGCAAAUUUAUCAGGGCUUGAAACCAGGCAACGAGUCCUUUCAAGUCGAAACCGUCAAGAGAAUACAGAAUAUGUCAGAGGCGAUUGAUUUUCUACGGAGUCUUGAGGAACUUAACCGAUGGAGUAACAAAUACGUCGUGCUCGACUGUCCGACAGAUAUGGCGAAGGAUAUUGUUGUGAGCCAUGUAAGGGAUAUAGCUUUGGGAAAAAGGACGUAUCAUUAUCUGCUGAGUGGCUUGAUAAUGGACGACCGAUGGGAGAGCGAGGUCAUCGAGUUCGGCGCCAUCAACAUCACGGGAUUUCGCAUCGUGGAUGUCACUCGACCUCACGUCAAGGACUUCCUGGCCGGCUGGCAUCGCCACGACCCCGCCAUAUCUCAAGCCGGUCGUGAAUCCAUUUCCGCACAAGCCGCUCUGAUGUAUGACGCCGUGUUCGUCUUGGUUGAAGCCUUCAACAAGUUUUUGAGAAAGAGAACCGACAAAAGUAAUACACGACGUAUAGGAACUCCGAGCAGUAAUCAGCCCAUAAACGGAACAAAAGCUUUAGAUUGCUACAACAAUCGCGGCUGGGUCACUCCGUGGGAAUAUGGCGACAAAAUCUCGAAAUUUUUGAGAAAGGUUGAGAUUGAAGGGCUGACAGGAGAGAUACGAUUCAACGACGAUGGCCGACGGCAGAAUUAUACGCUUCAUGUCGUCGAGAUGACUGUCAAUAGCGCUAUGGUGAAAGUCGCCGAGUGGACCGAUGAAGCUGGUUUUCAAGCCAUAGCCGCAAAAUAUGUGCGUCUUCGUCCGCAUGAAGUUGAGAAGAAUAAAACUUACAUCGUUACUACGAUAAUGGACGAGCCUUACAUAAUGAAGAAAAUGUCGGAUACGGGUGAAGUAUUAGUUGGAAAUGAUAAUUAUGAAGGAUAUUGUAAAGACUUGGCUGAUCUCAUCGCCAAAAAAUUAGGCAUAUCAUACGAGCUGCGGAUCGUGAAGGACGGAAAAUACGGCACGGAAAACCCGGACGUCCCGGGCGGCUGGGACGGCAUGGUCGGGGAGCUUAUCAGAAAGGAAGCCGACAUAGCGAUUGCUCCCAUAACUAUCACCUCUGAACGGGAACGCGUGAUCGAUUUUAGUAAACCGUUUAUGUCUCUCGGCAUCAGCAUUAUGAUAAAAAAACCCAUCAAACAAAAAUCCGGUGUCUUCAGUUUUCUGAAUCCGCUGAGCAAGGAGAUCUGGGUGUGCGUCAUUUUUUCCUACAUCGCAGUUUCUAUCGUCCUGUUUAUUGUGUCGAGGUUUUCGCCGUACGAGUGGAGAGUCCUCACUAUUAGCGGUAGUACAGAUUCAGCUAUUAGCGGACGAAACGAUCCCAGUUUGCAACAUCCGCAUACGCCGCAAGGUUCACCCCACAUGCCAACUUCCAGCAUGGCCAACGACUUCAGUAUCGUAAAUAGCCUCUGGUUUGCUCUGGCGGCGUUUAUGCAACAGAGCUGCGAUAUCUCGCCCAGAUCCAUAUCUGGCCGCAUAGCCGGUAGCGUCUGGUGGUUUUUCACUCUGAUUUUAAUAUGCUCCUACACCGCAAAUCUCGCUGCAUUUUUAACCAUCGAGAGAAUGGUCACGCCAAUUAACUCACCCGAGGAUUUAGCGGCGCAGACGGAAAUCCAGUAUGGCACUCUCGCUCAUGGCGCUACGAUGGAUUUUUUUCGAAAAUCUCAGAUCGGUCUCUAUAGCAAGAUGUGGGAGUUCAUGAACUCGCGGAAGCACGUGUUCGUAAAAUCGUACGAGGAUGGAAUACAAAGAGUGAGAGCGAGUAAGGGCAAAUACGCACUUUUAAUCGAAAGCCCGACGAAUGACUACAUCAACGAGAGGGAGCCCUGCGACACAAUGAAGGUCGGAAGAAAUCUCGAUGCGAAGGGAUUCGGCGUCGCGACACCCUUAGGAUCCCCUCUCAGGGAUCCCAUAAACUUGGCGGUGCUGUCACUGAAGGAAAAUGGAGAACUGGCGAAGCUAGUCGAACGAUGGUGGUACGAAAGGACAGAAUGCAGGCACGGUGAUAAGCCAGAUGCUACCAGAAACGAAUUAUCGCUGAGCAACGUAGCGGGAAUAUUUUAUAUUCUCAUCGGUGGUCUCCUUCUGGCGCUCGCCGUAGCUCUCUUGGAAUUCUGCUACAAGUCGCACACAGAAGCGACAAGAGCGAAGAUACCACUGUCAGACGCGAUGAAGGCGAAAGCACGAUUAACCAUCGGUGGUGGUCGCGAUUUCGACAAUGGACGGUACUACGCUCCAGCAAACGCGAUUGGGAAUACCGAGGGCGACCAGGUACACAGCAAUACACAUACCCAGGUGUAAAUCAUUACCUGGAGAGCCCGAGCGACGGAUCGCCUGCUAAUUCGCUGCCCACACCCCCGCCGCCACCGCUGGUGGCACCCCCGCCGCCACCCCCGCCGCCCAGGAGACCACGGAGGAGCGUGACCUUCGCGGAAUCACCACCGAAGAGCCCGAAAAAGAAGAGCCCGAAGUACAUUUUUCAGCGAAAGCUCAGCAUCGCGGCGCUUGAUGUAGCGGUACCCUGGACGCCGGCGUCGCCACGACACUGGUCCGGCCUCAACGACAAGCCGGAAUACAUCACGUAAAUGUCAAAACGAACAAAGGCAAUGAUCGGCGUCUUCCCGUUAUGAUGAUCUUAGGUGUUGGAGUAUCGCUGUGCUGAGAUAUUCGAACGCACUCGAGCCAUGACGAGGUAGCUUUCUUCCCGCAAUAUUGCCCAGAAAUUUUUCAGAAUAAUCCCAACUCGAGUAAUGAAGCAAUUGGAACAUGGAAACACUGAUAUUUUUAUAGAGCAAUAAUUAUAAGAUUUUGUAUGAUUCUAAGAAAUCGAAAAAACGAAAAAAUUGUCUCUCUGUGCUGUAAUAUUUUUAACGCAAUAUUGAAUGAUCCUGUAGCCAUCUCCAUGGAUGAUGCGUUAUAUUUAAACGACUUAGAGAGAAAUUAAGAGACUCUAGUUCCUCUAAUAAAUAUUGGAAGGCGAUUAUUUUAAUACAGAAUUAUGCAGAUGAUAAUUGGAUUAUCGGCAUGUUCGAAUUGCGAAAAACCAACGUUGCAUUACUCGAGAUUUCGGAUUAUUUGAUGACUGACAGCAGGGUCGAUAUGUGAAAUAAAUCGUAUCGAAAACUAUAAACAUUACCAUCGGCGACUAUUGUCUUUUUCACGCGCUUUGAAGCAUAUAUAUAUAAUUCAAAAAAUUAUCUACGAAUCUUUUCAUCCACGGAAAAUAGAGCAUUGGCCGAUCACAAAAACGCCACUUUUUACAAAUGUGACAACAUACAUUCCAAAUUCAAAUUUUAUACAAUAUAUUGUACUGUUUUAUAAAAAUUAGUAUUAUUAUCACAUUUUUUAUUAUAAACUAAUAUCUCGAGAUUUUUAAUAUUUACCAAAAAGAAAAAAGCAAAUAAAUCAGUUUAGAAAAUAUAUCGAAGCAUGAGCUUCAGAUUUGAAGAAUGGGCAGCCACAUCCUCAUAAAUCGGCGGAACUUUUCGUCGCUCGAGGACACACAUAUAAUUAAAGUAUUUCCCAAGCUUCGAUUAAAGCUGAUCUGCAGCGGCGAUAGGAAUGGAAACGAAAAUUCCUGUCGCGACCGAAUCCUUUGUACAUUGUAAAUAUCCACGAGCGAAUCAAAUAAAAAUAAAAAACACAAAAGAAAAAAAACGGAUUCACCAUCGGCGACGAUGAAGUCGCGAUUGCGAUAGUAUAAUGAUGGUCCUGGGAUAGGUGCAUGUGCAACCAGCAACUUGAACUACACACUUACUGCCAUAUAACAAGCGAAAAGGAACGCGCGAUGAGAUAAAACGGCGUUCGCGGGUGAAAGAUAAAAAAGAUGAUCGCGAUCGGUGGAUGAAAGUCCGCCGUCGCGAGUUUAUUAUUAAAACGUCACGUGCCAAAAGAGACUGUCGAUCGUGACGACGACGCAACUAUUAUUCUUAUUAUUAUUACUAGUUAUUAUAAUAAUUAUUAUAUAUAAAUUACGAUUACCGAUUACUGUGUAAUAAGGGGGUAACUAUUUUGUGCAAUGCGCGAGAGUGGAGUCUGGCGCCGCAAACGGCGGAGUCUCACAUGAGUUUUUUAACCGAGAGAGACGGGUGCGUACAAUCGCAUCGAUGCGUGAGUGUUGCGCGAGAACGAGAAAUAUAGUAUAUAAUAUAUAAAUAUAUAAAUAUAUAUAUAUAAAUAUAAAUUGCAAAUAUAAAUAUACAUACUUAUAGACGUUUAUUGAGAAUACGAAUGUGCGAGUGUCAUGAUAAUGGAAUGCGUGUGGAACGUAUGGAUUUUAAUCGUGUAAACGCGUUAUAUAAGUACCUAACAGCGUCAGAUCGCGCCGGUCUGGAUCGAUAGAUGGAUACAAGUAUCCCGCUCUUCUCGUUUCGCUCGUUUCUUAUCGUCUUCACAGAGCCGUCUCGCGAUGGAACUUACCGUGCGUCGACGGAUCGCCGCGAUCUGGUUCGCGAAACGACGUUUACGAUCAUGUUGGUUUCGUGCCAAGAGACGAUAUCUCCCGCCCAUAUAGUUCGACGCUACAUUAUCUACGACAGGCACACUGCAAAUAUGUACAUUCUUAAGGAGAUUGUGAUUACGUGAACCGUCUUUAACACUUUAUCGAUCGGAGUUCGGUGCUCACAGCUAUUUCAAAACAAUAAUGUGCCAUUUUGUAUAAUAUGUGAAAGGAAAAGAGAGCUCUGAUAUCAACACGAGAAAAAAAAAUAUUAAUCGACAAAUCUAACAGCUGUUAUAUGUUUAUAAGACAUGUACAAUUUAUUUUCUUGACUAUUUAAAUAGCACUUAGUAAUCAAAAAAUUGUUAUAGAUAUCGUGAUGUUAAAAUAUUUUAAUUUCGAAUACUGAAUGUACAGUAAUAUUAUUUAACAUUUAAAAUACCGAAUAUAUUUCACAUACACGGGAUAUUGUUUAUUUCAACGGCGUAGUACGCGUAUACGAAUAAUUCGAUAUUAGAUACAAGAGGAUCAAAUUCACACAAACAAUCUCGCGUUGAUCGUAUUUCAGAUUAAUUCCUGCAUACACGUUCAACAAUAUAUUUGUCGACGAAACAUCGACAAAUUGACGCAUAAAUUUUAACGAUGAAAUAAAUGAAGCAACUGCGAAACAGACUUUGUAGGAGCAUCGUUUUUACGGUACAAGCUUAAUCGAUAAUUAGAAUCGUGCUGAAUUUUAAAACGCUCGGGGACGCAUGUCGCAUAUAAAAAUAACCACAAUUUAGCUCGCCACAGUGUCGGACGUGACGGCGGGGGAAAUCGGAAGCCAAAUUACGAGCCGCCACGUGUAAAGCUGAUUUUCCUUUUUUCGAGGUGCGCUUCGCCCAUACAAAUACGCGCUCGAAUUGCGGUACGCAAUGCACAUUUCCAAUUCCCGUGUAAAUAUCGCAAAAUACCAUCGGAUUACCAAUUUGUUGCGAAAUCAUUUUACAUUGCGUCUUGCGAUCAUUGAAAGUUUACACGCGGCAAAUUCGUCAUUCUGUUUCAUGUAUUCGAUAAACACGAUUUAACAAUAAAAUAAUAAUUUGAGAGUUUAUUUCUUAAGAAAAAAGAUAAGGUAUAUCUAAAAACUUUUGUACAUUGAUAUCGUUCAUGAUUCAAAAUCGUUAUAAAAUCAAUUACUAUAUUUUAAAAUAUCUCUCAAGUAUUGUAUCUCUAUUGCAUUUGCCUAAAAUAUAUACGAAUCCAGUGCAAAAACAAUUGCAAGAAUUAAAAAAAAAUCGUGCUAAUUGAAAUAUAAUCCCGAAAUGUAAAUUAUAUCCUUUCGUAGAAAAAAAGAUUUACUCGUGGCGGCCGUCGAAAGCGAUCAAUCUAUCAUAUCGUCAGACUUUCUUAUUACGAAUAAUUGUUAUCUAUCACCGAUUAAUAAAGCGAUAGAUAAUGCGUCGGAUAUUAAAUCGUUCAAAGAAAAGCAAGGAUAAUGAUAAACGUCGUGCAUAAUGAUGUUACAAGGUGGCAGUUUUCAAAAGGGAUCGAGCGUCGAGCGAAAAUAGAAACCAUCCCAAGAAUAUAUCGAAUGCCCAAUGUGAUUAACUAACAAGUGUAUAUCGCGCAAUCACGUGUAUGCGCGAGUGAUUUAAGAUAAUCGAAAAACCGUCGGCGCGCCGUGCAAUCGCAUCGACGUGUCCCGAUCGUCCGUUAUCGUUAACGUUUCUCGUGUUAAUGUUCAUCGUGACACUUUUUUCUAUAUCUCCGAACUCACGACGAAAAAAAAAAAAAAAAAAAAAAACGUCGCGAAGCAAUGUAACAAAUCUGGCAAUGCAAAGUUGCAUGUAUGAGCCACAAAACCGCGCGCGAAUAUGCAAUGUAAUGGAUGUCCCACCGGAUUUCCCUCGUCCCUGCACCGGAGACUCGACGAUACACGUCUUCAAUGGAUGGCUCAAGAUAUUCUCAAACAUUUUUAAUUUUAUUUGGAAUUUUAUUUGGAUCCAGAUGGUGAAUCCGAUCGAAAUAAAUCGAUCAGUUCGGCUAAUGAUCGUUGCAGAAACUUGUAUUCGCAUUUGUUUAUCCAAAUUAUCAUCCAGAGGAGACGUGCAGAGACAGAGAGUUUUGCAUUUUCGUGUAUAACUAUUUGAUUACGUUUACAUGUAUAAUUGUGUGCUUAUGUGUUGCUCCGAUUUCCCAGGGAGCAGGAAAUAUUCGGGGACGUUCCGCAAUACUCAACAAAUUAAUCUCCAGUUUUAUACGUCGCGAUGAUACUGAACGAAUAUUUCAUUUUGCUCGAUGCACUUGCCGUACUCGUCAAAGUAUACAAUUUACAAGAACGGACUCUAUGAUAUCUUCGGGACAAGAUGCCCCCAGUAUACAAGAAUUGAACUCUAUGUCGAGCAGAAUGUCUGUAGAUAUAUCCACGUAACAAGAAAAACAUAAAAAAAAAACACGUUUCUUGCAUCGACAAGCGCAGCGUUGACACGUAGACGGAACGAGAUCGCGCAAGAGAAUAAGAAUUUCAACGGCAAGGGAAAGGGGGAAAAGAGAGAAAAAUAGCGUCUUCCAGUUUGCGCUUUCAUUCAUCGCUGCAUUCCACUUACGCUUGUACCUUCGAUUCAAUACUUCGUUAUCCCCCCGUGCCAUCCCGUGGCGUGAUACGAUCGACUCCCUUGUAAACCAUUGUAUACCAAUCAAAUUUGUCACAAUACAGGAUCGUUUAUUUAAA